GGGCACUUCAUGCACUAAGGCAUUCGAAGUGUGGCAAAAGGUUUAAGAUCUAUGGGGCAAGUCACUGACGACAUCUGCAUAAUUCCAUCCAUGUCUUCGGUAGCGCGGCUUUAAAGCAUUUCUUAUACUACAUACAACUUCCUCCAAAUAGCGAAACGGUGAUUCCAAAUCGUAGCAUCAAAUCUCACAUAAUUCUAUACCAUAAUUCCAAUUCUUAAUGCCAUCAACCAAUAUAUAAACCUAUUCUCAUAUCAUCACAAUCAAUGCGAUUACCCCAAUUCUCUAACUUAUUCCGAGCUUUCUUUACAUUUUCUACUCCAACUAGGGUUCGUCCUUUAGCUCAUCAAUCACUACGCCACAACGCAACACCAUUGAAGUCUAUGCCAACUAUUCCAUUCAUAGGAAGUCUGUUCGGCUCAAGCUCUAGCCAAUCAAACAAUAUGUCGUAUCCGGACCAGAGAACACCUGACGAAUGGCGCGCCGUUCUGACUAAAGAACAAUUUAGAAUUCUCAGAGAAAAAGGUACCGAGGCACCAGGGUCUGGGAAAUACGAUAAAUUUACCUCCGAUUCUGGAGUGUAUACAUGUGCAGGCUGUAAUGCGCCCCUAUACAAGGCAAAUCACAAAUUCAAGUCUGGCUGCGGUUGGCCGGCAUACUUCGACAGCAUUCCCGGCGCUGUGACAAGACAUACUGACAGCUCAUGGGGUAUGGAAAGAACAGAGAUUUGCUGCGCUAAUUGCGGUGGUCAUCUUGGCCAUGUUUUUAAGGGAGAGGGAUAUCCAACCCCAACGGAUGAGAGACACUGUGUAAACAGUAUCAGCUUAAACUUCUCCCCAGAAGAUAAACCAGCCCAAGGAGGAGAGAAAUAGAGUAGGGUAAAUAUCUUGGAAGUCAUAUUGAAAUUAUUUCGUUGUUUUCAGGGACUGAAUAUAUAGCAGUCGGAGGUAUGAGACGGGUAGAGCUAUUCAAAAGCGAAAUUACUAUUCAUAUACUACCUGUAUUUCGUAUAAAUGGUUUAAAUUCUCAAUAUGGAGUAUCAUGUCUCUUUUUCUAACAGGAUAAAAUAUGGGGACGUACGGGUGCUCUUUCUCGGGAGUUUGUAUAGCGUUUAGACCUCCUCAAUUCCCAAAUAUAGUUAAGAAAGGCUCAUUAGGUUGCUAGAAAUGGUCAAGGGUUUUACAUAGUUCUCACCACCUACGAAAUCUUCAUCGUAAAAGAAUGAUGAACCUACCCCUGUUAGUCGUAUAGCAGUAUGAUUUCUUUUAAGGAUGAUGACUAGAACCGGGGCAACGCAAAGUGCCUUCUGAAUUUUAUAGUGCCUGC